UCGUCCGAGAAAGGGCGGGGGGGAAGAGGCGAAGGAGAAGGGUCCGCCAGCCCGGAGCCAUUCCCGACUUGGGGCCACCAUGGGAUGUACGCUGAGCGCCGAGGAAAGGGCCGCCCUGGAGAGGAGCAAAGCGAUCGAGAAGAACCUCAAGGAGGACGGGAUCAGCGCGGCCAAGGAUGUGAAACUGCUUCUGCUAGGGGCUGGGGAAUCCGGAAAAAGCACAAUUGUGAAGCAAAUGAAGAUCAUCCAUGAAGAUGGCUUUUCUGGAGAAGAUGUGAAGCAGUACAAGCCUGUGGUCUAUAGCAACACUAUUCAAUCCUUGGCAGCUAUUGUCCGCGCCAUGGACACGCUGGGCAUAGAAUACGGUGAUAAGGAAAGGCGGGCUGAUGCCAAAAUGGGAAGGUUCUCCAACAAUGCAAACGUUAUCUAUGUCUUGGGGUACUAG